GCCGUUGGCCGCCGGGCGGGCGGGCGCGCGGGCCGGGCCGGCGGGUCGGGUAGAGGGCUGGAGUUGUGUGCGGGGCUGAGUGAGGACGGGCAGGGCGCGGGCCGGGGCCGACCUUGGCGGGAAGGGGAGGUCCCGGAGCUGCCACGGUGGAGGGAUCUCUGGUUGCACGGGUGUCGGGGCCGCGGGUGGGUGCGCUGGGCUGGGUCCGGGGUCGAAAGGGGACGGUUAGAGGACUCUUGGGUGCCGGGCGGGGGAGGUGGCCCGAGAAGGGAGGUAAUUCAUGCAGGGAGGAAAAUCGAUUUCUUCUGCCUGGAAAGAACUGAGGCAGAGAAGGGUUUGAGGUACCUUUGGCGCUAAGGGAGAGAUCCAGGUGUGCGAAAUGGGCUUGUAUUGAUUGGAAGAUCGAUAAACCCGUGGGGGUUGAACACCCGGGAAGUGUUGACAGCGGUCUUUAUGUUCUUGUGGGUAUUCGUAGGUUGAGCUGGAGGGGGAGGAUUGCUGUGGGUAUAGGUAAGUAGGCCAGAGUGAGUAUUUGGGCAGUCCUGGGUGGAGUUGGGCAGAGAGAGGUAGGAAUUUAGGGGGCUGUGGGUGAGAAGGAUUAUGUCUGAAGAAGAGAGGUUCUUUUUGAUAUACUAAUGGGACUAAUGCAAGAGAGAUAUUGGAACCCCGAAGGAGACAGGGGAAAGGUUAGGCUGAAUAGCCCUGGACAAGAUAACGAUGUGGGGAUCACGCACGAAGGAGAAAUUCAGUCCCUGUGAAGUGGGGAUCUGAAAGUUCCUGGAGUGAGUUAGGGUGGAUUUAGGGUCUUUUCGCAAAGAAAAAAGUUGGGGUUGAUACUCUGAAAGGGGCUACUGGGACGGGAUGAUUUAAAGUUGGCUUGGACCUUUUUACCAAAAAGGAUAGUGUUGGGGGGGGGGAGGCACACAGGCGUCCCCAGAUGAGUUAAAGCUGUCUCAAAAAGAGUUAUGUCACUGGAACGGGUGUCUGGGCAUUCAAGGGAAAGGUGUUUGGAUACUCUAGGGGCUUUUGAGAAGGCUGGGAAAAGUCCAGGUGUGAAGGAUUGGGCUUUUGUGUGGAGAUGUGCCUUUUAAAAAGGAGGCCCCCCAUUCCCUUUGGUUUUUUGAGACAGUUUCUCUGUGUAGCCCUGGCUGUCCUGGAACUUGCUCUGUAGACUAGGCUACUAGACCUGAACUCAUAGAGAUCUGCCCUCCUCUUCCUCCCUGAGUGCUGGGAUUACAGGCGUGCUCCCCCACCGCCCACCUGAGAAGGUCUUGAUGCUCAGUUUGAACUGGUUUGGAGAGACUGAGUAUCAGGAAGUAGUUAAGGUGGGGAUGGGUUAGGCCAGAGAAAAUCUGGAGAUUGGAGCCUAAAAUAGAGUACAAAGUGUUUGCUUGUGCAAGGUCUGAGUGCUCCGGUGUAAGAGGAAGUUUGGGAACCUACAAGAAAGCAGAAUCGACAUAGGCGUGCAGCUGGGAGAAGCAGGCCCAGAGCGGGAGGGCCCCGGGUAGUGCUGGCCUACCCGGAGUGCUGGCCUGUGAUGCCCAGGGCCUUGCUGCUGCCAUGACGGAGGAGAGCGAGGAGACCGUCCUGUACAUUGAGCACCGCUAUGUCUGCUCUGAGUGCAACCAGCUCUACGGAUCCCUGGAGGAGGUGCUUGUGCACCAGAACUCCCACGUGCCGCAGCAGCACUUUGAGCUGGUGGGCGUGGCUGACCCUGGGGUCACAGUGGCCACAGAGGCAGCGUCGGGCACAGGCCUAUAUCAGACCCUCAUACAGGAGAGCCAGUACCAGUGUCUGGAGUGUGGGCAGCUGCUCCUGUCGCCCAGCCAGCUCCUGGAGCACCAGGAGCUGCACCUGAAGAUGCUGGCGCCCCAGGAGGCGGCGCCGGCCGAGCCCUCGCCCAAGGGGCCCCCGCUGAGCUCCAGCGCCAUCCACUACGAGUGUGUGGACUGCAAGGCGCUGUUCGCCAGCCAGGAGAUGUGGCUGACGCACCGCCAGACGCACCUCAGGGCCACGCCCCCCAAAGCUCCCGCCCCGGUGGUUUUGGGGUCCCCGGUUGUCUUGGGCCCUCCUGUGGGCCAGGCCCGAGUGGCUGUGGAGCAUUCCUACCGGAAAGCAGAAGAGGGUGGGGAGGGAGCAGCCGUGCCCUCCACGGCGGCCACCACCGAGGUGGUGACGGAGCUGGAGCUGCUCCUCUAUAAGUGCUCCGAGUGCUCCCAGCUCUUCCAGAUGCCGGCCGACUUCCUGGAGCACCAGGCCACCCACUUUCCGCCCCCCGCCCCCGAGCCCGGGGAGCCCGCGGCCCAGCAGGAGCCCCUGGGGCCCUCGCCUGCAGAGGCGGCCUCUCAGCCCGACCCCCUGCCGGCCUCUGACCACAGCUACGAGCUGCGCAACGGCGAGGCCGUGGCACGGGAGCGCCGGGGCCGGAAGCCGCGGAGGAACAGCGGGGAGCCGGGGGGCGCGGGCGCCCAGGACCUGCUGUGCUCGGCCUGCGACCAGCUCUUCCUGUCGCCCCGCCAGCUGCAGCAGCACCUCCGCAGCCACCGGGAGGGGGUCUUCAAGUGCCCGCUGUGCAGCCGCGUGUUCCCCAGCCCCUCCAGCCUGGACCAGCACCUGGGCGACCACAGCAGCGAGUCUCACUUCCUGUGCGUGGACUGCGGCCUGGCCUUCGGCACCGAGGCGCUCCUGCUGGCGCACCGGCGCGCGCACACCCCGAACCCUCUGCACUCGUGCCCCUGCGGGAAGACCUUCGUCAACCUCACCAAGUUCCUCUACCACCGGCGGACCCACGGCGCCGGGGGCGUCCCCCUGCCCACCGCGCCCGUCCCGCCCGAGGAGCCGGCCGGCAGCCUCCCCGAGCCGGCCCCCGCGGAGCCCGGGGCGCCGGAGGCCCCGGAGCUGCCGGCGCCCGAGGAGCCCGCUGCGGAGCCCGCGGCCCCGGGCACCUACCGCUGCCUCCUGUGCAGCCGCGAGUUCGGCAAGGCGCUGCAGCUGACGCGGCACCAGCGCUUCGUGCACCGGCUGGAGCGGCGCCACAAGUGCAGCAUCUGCGGCAAGAUGUUCAAAAAGAAGUCCCACGUGCGGAACCACCUGCGCACGCACACGGGCGAGCGGCCCUUCUCGUGCCCUGACUGCUCCAAGCCCUUCAACUCCCCGGCCAACCUGGCCCGCCACCGGCUGACGCACACCGGGGAGCGGCCCUACCGCUGCGGGGACUGCGGCAAGGCGUUCACGCAGAGCUCCACGCUGCGGCAGCACCGCCUGGUGCACGCCCAGCACUUCCCCUACCGCUGCCAGGAGUGCGGCGUGCGCUUCCACCGCCCCUACCGCCUGCUGAUGCACCGCUACCACCACACGGGCGAGUACCCCUACAAGUGCCGCGAGUGCCCGCGCUCCUUCCUGCUGCGCCGCCUGCUGGAGGUGCACCAGCUGGUGGUGCACGCCGGGCGCCAGCCGCACCGCUGCCCGGCCUGCGGGGCCGCCUUCCCGUCCUCGCUGCGGCUCUGCGAGCACCGCUGCGCGGCCGCCGCCGCCCAGGCCCCGCGGCGCUUCGAGUGCGGCACCUGUGGCAAGAAGGUGGGCUCGGCCGCGCGCCUGCAGGCCCACGAGGCCGCCCACGCCGCCGCGGGCCCCGGGGAGGUGCUGGCGAAGGAGCCCCCGGCGCCCCGCGCCUCUAGGGUCGCGCGUGCGCCCGCCGGGCCCUCCCCCGCGGCCCUGGGCGGGGCGGCCCCCGCGGCGCCUGCGCGGAGGCGGGGCCUGGAGUGCGGCGACUGCAAGAAGCUGUUCAGCACCGAGACGUCGCUGCAGGUGCACCGGCGCAUCCACACGGGCGAGCGGCCCUACCCGUGCCCGGACUGCGGCAAGGCCUUCCGCCAGAGCACCCACCUGAAGGACCACCGGCGGCUGCACACGGGCGAGCGGCCCUUCGCCUGCGAGGUGUGCGGCAAGGCGUUCGCCAUCUCCAUGCGCCUGGCGGAGCACCGGCGCAUCCACACGGGCGAGCGGCCCUACUCCUGUCCCGACUGCGGCAAGAGCUACCGCUCCUUCUCCAACCUCUGGAAGCACCGCAAGACCCACCAGCAGCAGCAGGCCGCGGUUCGGCAGCAGCUGGCGGAGGCGGAGGCCGCCGUGGGCCUGGCCGUGAUGGAGACCGCGGUGGAGGCCCUGCCCCUGGUGGAGGCCAUCGAGAUCUACCCCCUCGCCGAGGCCGAGGGCGUCCAGAUCAGCGGCUGACCGGCUCCCGUUGCGCUCUUGACCCUCGCCACCCGGCGCCGGCCCCAAACCUGUGUACAUAGUGUAUCCUCUCCCACCCCGCGAGUCCUGCGGCUAACUCUCUCUCUUCUGAGGGGCUGGCUGUGGAAAGGACCCCCCUCUCCCGGUGGUCUCCAGAUGGAACGGUCAAUAAAGACUGAGUUUGGA